AGCUGCUGUCACACGAAGAAGAGAAGAACAGAAACAGCUGAGAGCAGCUAGCACCGCGUUAGCUUCAAAAACUCACGUGUCAUGUUUGUUUACUUCAAUCAGCUGAGUCAUGUUUGUUUACUUCAAUCAGCUGAGUCAUGUUUGUUUACUUCGAUCAGCUGAUGUCUCUCACCUGUCGCUUUGUUUGUAGUUUAGUUUAAUUAGCUCUUCAGCUCUUCUAGCGCUUUAGCUCGAGCUAGCCUCGAGCUGCUAACGCCGGGUUUGUUUUUGUUGUGUGCUCCGGUUCUAUCAUAACACAUGAGUGUGUCUCUGGUCGUUAUCCGUCUGGAGUUAGCCGACCAGUCUCCGUGUCCGACAGGUUUCCGGUAUUCAGCAGAGGAAGACAUGUCCGAUGAGGAGCUGCAGGAAAAGGCUCUGGGUGUAGCCAGACACGCUCUGAGCGGGAAGACGGAGCUGGAGAGAGCGGCCGUGCUGCACCAGCACAUCGGCAGCAGAGCCAUGGGAGACAUGGUGAUCGAGACGUUCGAGCCCAGCCCAGAUAAAGGAGGAGGUGAAGACCUCGUCGCUGACCCUCAGCCCGUGAAGACUGAAGCAGACGGUCAGGAGGGCACAGAGAGCUCGCAGGACGGCAGCGAAGCAACAGGCGCCGCGCCUGACUCGCCCUCCAAACAGCUGCCGGAGCAGAUCUCCUUCUUCAGCGGGAACCCGUCAGUGGAGAUCAUCCACGGCAUCAUGCACCUCUACAAGACCAACAAAAUGACGUCGCUGACUGAAGACGUCAGGCGCAGCGCCAUGGUGUGCAUCCUGACUGUCCCCGCGACGAUGACCAGCCACGACCUCAUGAAGCUGCUGGCACCGUUUAACGACGUCAUGGAGCACAUGAAGAUCAUACGGGACUCCACCCCGAACCAGUACAUGGUUCUGAUUAAGUUCUGCAAACAGGUGGACGCAGACAGUUUUUACACGGCGUGUAACGGCCGCCAGUUCAACUCCAUAGAGGACGCGGUGUGCCAGCUGGUCUACGUGGAGCGGGCCGAGGUCAUAAAGUCAGAAGAGGGAGCCAGCCUGCCGGUGAUGGAGCUCACCGAGCUGCCAAAGUGCACCGUGUGCCUGGAGAGGAUGGACGAGUCGGUUAACGGCAUCCUCACCACUCUGUGCAACCACAGCUUCCACAGCCAGUGUCUGCAGCGGUGGGAAGACGCCUCGUGUCCUGUGUGUCGGUACUGUCAAACACCAGAACCGGUGGAAGAGAACAAGUGCUUCGAGUGCGGCGUGCAGGAGAAUCUGUGGAUCUGUUUAAUCUGCGGACACAUCGGAUGCGGCCGCUACGUCAGCCGGCAUGCUUACAAGCACUUCGAGGAAACGCAGCACACCUACGCCAUGCAGCUCACCAACCACCGAGUCUGGGACUACGCAGGAGAUAACUACGUCCAUCGGCUGGUGGCCAGUAAGACGGACGGGAAGAUGGUGCAGUAUGAAUGUGAGGGGGACACCUGCCACGCUGAGAAAAUCGACGCUCUUCAACUCGAGUACUCGUACCUGCUGACGAGUCAGCUCGAGUCUCAGAGGAUUUACUGGGAGAACAAGAUCGUCCAUCUGGAGAAGGAGACGGCCGAGGAGAUAAACAACAUGAAGGCCAAAUUUAAGGAGACCCUGGAGCGCUGCGACAACUUGGAGAGACGGUUCGGAGAAAUCAGCAAAGAGAAGCAGGGCAUGGAGAAAAAGUGCACUCAGCUGAGCAGUCGAGUGGCGAAGCUGAGCCAGGAGCUGAAGGAGGAGCAGGAGAUGAACCGCUGUCUGAGAGCCAAUCAGGCGCAGCUGCAGUCCCAGCUGGCCGAGGAGGAGCGCAAAGGAAAAGAGAGCGGCGACCGUAAGGACGUGGCGAUCGGAGAGCUGCAGGAGCAGCUGAGAGACGUGAUGUUUUAUCUGGAGACGCAGCAGCAGAUCGAACACCUGCCUCCGGAGGCUCGCAGCGAAAUCCAAGAAGGACAGAUCAACAUCGGGGCCAGCCCGGCAGACGGCGCUCUGGGCUCGGGGGGAGCCGGCGGCGCGUCCUCCGGCAGGGGACGGAGAGGCCGGGGCAGGAAGAGGAAGUGAAAGAAAACUGUGCUGGAACGAACUCAGAAACUGUCGCCGCCUCUCUCAGCCGUGGACGUGUGAAUAGCUGUCCUCGUCUGAAUCAUCGUGGUUCCUCAGAAAGCACUCCGAGGAGAGAAGUGACUCAACUUGUCGAAGAACGAGUAAACAAUAUUUAGCUGCACAAUAUUUCCACCUUAACUUAAUGUAACUUCCACCGGAAGGAAAGACGGCGAGCUUUCAGAUAUUUUCAUCUGUGUGAUGUAAAAUCUAUUCUGCUACUUCCAAAUCUACAAAAAAAAAGUCUGUUUUGGUCAUAUUCUAUUUAUUUGAUCAAAACUCUGUUUGUUUGUGUUCGGUCUGAGAUCCUGUAAUAAUACUUCUUCCUAUCAGAGUCUGUCUGACGUCUUUUAAAUGCUGAACGUUGUGACGCCUCCAAACUUUGAGACUUUUCAGUCUAUUCUUAAAGUAAAAUGCUGAAACUUUUCAUUUCUCAAUAGUAACACUACUCAGGAUGACCGGUGGACAAAGGAGGGUGGAGGUGGAACAUUGAUAAGUGUUGACGGGAAGCCUUGAAGGGAGGAGCAGGAAGUCCAUCCCAUCAGAGGAAGUUUGUGAGGAAGGUUCUGAAGCAUCGCGUAUAUAUCCGAGUCGCACAUUUGCAUUCAGGGGGAAAAUAAACAGGAUUUGAAUUGCAAA